GACGCACAUCCCUCACGGAGGAGCAACAGCUACGCGGAGUUGUCCAAAGUGUAAACCCGGCGAACCAGCUUCCCCCCCCCACCGGACACAGACCGCCGCUCCAUCCCGCUGCAGCAGCCUGUGCGCCGGGCAGGUUUUUCGGAGAUGCGCCCCUGGACGGAGGAUCGGCGUGGUUGGGUGAAGUGAGGGGAGAAAGGGAACGAGACGCAGUGUAGCGCUCCUGUCACAGCGGGAAUAACGGAGCCCGGCAGAAGGCAGCGGCUCGGUGGGUUUUUUAAUGUUUGCAGGGUCUUUUUUUUUGAAAAUUUGCUUUCGUUUUGGUGGAAUGUGGAAGUGAGAGCUCCGGGUGCACGGCUGAAGACAUGAGACCGAGAAGAGGAACAAAAAGCGGGGCUGCGGUGCUGUGAGUCUCCAUCCAUCCACACGAAGGGUCCAGUCCACACACACCUCCCUUCAUGUUGCAGACGCCUGCUCUAUGACAAUGGAUUACUUGCUGUGGGUGUGCAGCCUCGUUGUCCCCGUGGUGCUGGCGGUAGAAGAAACCCUUAUGGACAGCCGGUGGGCAACCACAGAGUUGGCUUGGACCACAUUCCCAGAAAGUGGGUGGGAGGAGGUCAGCGGCUACGAUGACUCCAUGAGCCCGAUCAGAACCUAUCAGGUGUGUAAUGUCCGACAACCCAACCAGAACAACUGGCUGAGGACGGACUUUAUCCCCCGGCGGGGCGUGCUGCGCGUCUACGUGGAGCUCAAGUUCUCCGUCCGUGACUGCGCCAGCAUUCCCAACAUCCCUGGCUCCUGCAAAGAGACCUUUAAUCUGUUUUACUAUGAAUCGGAGGGGGACACAGCUACAGACACCAGCCCUCUGUGGAGGGAGAACCCCUACGUGAAGGUGGAUACUAUAGCCCCAGACGAGAGUUUCUCUCUGCUGGAGGCGGGCAGGAUCAACACCAAAGUGCGCAGCUUUGGCCCCCUCUCAAAGGCAGGCUUCUACCUGGCGUUCCAGGACCUGGGCGCCUGCAUGUCUCUCAUCUCCGUCAGGGUUUUCUUCAAGAAGUGCUCCACCACCAUCGCCAAUUUUGCCGUCUUCCCAGAGACCGCCACAGGGGCAGAAGCCACCUCCUUAGUGAUCGCUCCGGGGGCCUGCGUGACCAACGCUAUGGAGGUGUCCGUCCCUCUGAAGCUGUACUGCAACGGGGACGGCGAGUGGAUGGUUCCCGUGGGCUCCUGCACCUGCGUGGCUGGCUUUGAACCCUCUGCAGACAGCACUCAGUGCCAGGCUUGCAUCCCUGGGACCUUCAAAUCUAAAUUCGGUGAAGGAUCCUGUGUUCCCUGCCCGUCCAACAGUCGCACCAGUGCACGAGGAGCCAAUAUUUGUCCCUGCCAGAGUGGUUUCUACCGCGCUGACAGCGAUCCUCCUGACUCUGCCUGCACCACUAUCCCCUCAGCGCCUCGCAAUGUUAUAUCCAGUGUGAACGAGACCUCGCUGUCCUUGGAGUGGGAGGAGCCCGAUGACACGGGCGGGAGGAGCGACCUGGUCUACAACGUGGUGUGCAAGAAAUGCCUGAGGGACCGGAGCCCCUGCACGCGCUGCGACGACAACGUGGACAUCGCCCCCCGCAGGCUGGGGCUGAGGCAGAGGAAAGUGGUGGUGAGGAACCUGCAGGCUCACACGCGCUACAGCUUCGAGGUGCAGGCUGUCAACGGGGUCUCCGGGAAGAACCCCAUCUCGCCCAGCUACUCCACAGUCAACAUCACCACCAACCAAGCCGCGCCUUCAGCAGUGCCCACCGUUCAUCUGAUGCGCUCCACAUCUGACACUCUCAGCUUGUCGUGGCUGCCCCCCGAGAAACCCAACGGGGUCAUCCUCGACUACGAGAUCAAAUACCACGAGAGGGGCCAAGCGAUGUCGCACACAGUAACUGCCCAGCACAGCUCAGCCAAGGUGGAGGGGCUGAGGGCCUCUACGCCUUAUGUGGUCCAGGUCAGAGCUCGCACUGUUGCUGGAUACGGUCGCUACAGCAACCCCAUGGACUUCAGCACCAGCCUACACAGUGACCCUCAGAAGUCGGUGCAGGACCAGCUUCCUCUCAUCGUCGGUUCGGCCUCUGCAGGUCUGGUGGUCAUUGUUGCCAUGGUGGUUAUCGCUGUUGUCUGCCUUAAGAAGCAGCGCAGCGGCUCCGAGCUGGAGUACACUGAGAAACUGCAGCAAUACAUUUCACCAGGGGUGAAAGUGUACAUCGACCCUUUCACCUACGAGGACCCCAACGAUGCCGUCCAUGAGUUCGCCAAAGAGAUAGACAUCUCCUGCGUGAAAAUAGAAGAAGUCAUCGGUGCAGGUGAAUUCGGCGAGGUGUGUCGCGGGCGUCUCAAGCAGCCCGGUCGCAGAGAGAUGGUGGUGGCGAUUAAGACGCUGAAAGCCGGCUACACCGAGCGCCAGCGGCGGGACUUCCUCGGCGAGGCCUCGAUCAUGGGGCAGUUCGACCACCCCAACGUGAUACGGCUGGAAGGCGUCCUGACACGAAGCUGUCCAGUCCUCAUCAUCACCGAAUUCAUGGAGAACGGAGCGCUCGAUUCCUUCCUCAGGCUAAACGACGGACGCUUCACGAUGACACAGCUGGUCGGGAUGCUGCGUGGCAUCGCCGCGGGGAUGAAGUACCUGUCAGACAUGAACUAUGUUCACCGAGACCUCGCCGCGCGGAAUAUCCUGGUCAACAGCAACUUGGUCUGCAAGGUCUCUGACUUUGGCCUGUCACGAUUUCUGGACGACACCUCUGCUGACCCCACGUACACAAGCUCCCUGGGAGGGAAGAUUCCCAUCCGGUGGACAGCGCCAGAGGCCAUCGCCUUCAGGAAGUUCACCUCUGCCAGUGACGUGUGGAGUUACGGCAUCGUCAUGUGGGAGGUGGUGUCAUAUGGAGAGAGACCAUACUGGGACAUGAGCAACCAGGAUGUGAUGACGGCAGUAGAGCAGGACUACCGUUUGCCGCCGCCCAUGGACUGUCCCAUGGUGCUGCAUCAGCUGAUGCUGGAGUGCUGGAUGAAGGAGAGGAACCUGAGGCCUAAGUUCUCGCGCAUUGUCAGCACCCUGGACAAGCUGCUCCGCAAUGCCGCCAGCCUCAAGGUGGUGACCAACGCCAACUCAGGGGACCUGCUGCGGCUCGGAGGAACGCUGCCAGGACACAACAGGAAGAGUCCGGACACCAGUCAGGAAAUCGUUCGGCAACAGAUGAGCCAAACUCUCCCCAUCAGAGUGUGAGCUGCCACAAAUCAUCGGAGGACGCAGGACGAAUGAGAAACUACCUAGAAACUCUGCUGCAAAAAGAGCCUAAUGUAAAAUAUAAAAAGAAGAAGAUAGAAGAGAGAAACUGCAGAGAGCAAGGACCCACUUUUGGAGAUUUUUUUUUUUUCCCGACUGGAGAUUUAAUGUCCAUUUAAAGAGAACUUUCCAUUGCAGUUGUGUGUGUGUUCAUUACUUGACACUUUCUGGAUUUGUAAAAUUGACAUAAGGCCAAACUUCCUAUUGCCCCCUCUCAGGUUGUGUUUGCAUGUCUGCAUGUGUUUUCUGCUGGUUGGGAAUCAAUCCCUCCCUCUCUUCCACCCCCGACGGAGGAUGAGAGAGCUCACACAGAUGAUAGGAUUCAGUGUCUAUAACGAUACAACAGUGCCAAAAUAAAGCAAACAUUUGCUUUAAAACUAACUCUUAAGACCGCUCUACAUCUGUAGACGUUCAGUCAAAUGUUGUUUUUUUUUCAACCCAACCAACCAAUGUUCUUUUACUUUGCAAUUUUUUUUUGGAAACCAAGAAAAAAAAUGAACCUUACUUUUCAUCCGCUUCCUCUUAAAUACCGUCUUCCAUGUGUACUGGGAGAUAUACUUGUUACAAAUCUGUACAAAGCAUCUGAGUCUUCACACCGUCUCUCUCUCUGUGUCGGAGGGGAGAUGUAACUGACACUGUGCGGGACACGUCAUGUGCAUGCCAAAGUGGAAGCUUCUUCAUGGGAAAAGUACAAAACCAGUUCCACGUUAACUGUUGCUUUGGUGGCAUCUUGCUGUAUGGACCUUUAACGUCCAUGUUUUCUUAAUCUUAUUUGAUUCAUAUAGGCAUUGUUUUGAAUGCUAAGUUGUUAUCUAUUAUUGCAAAGAGGUGUUUUUUUGGUGUUUUUUUUUACGAGUACCGGGGCUUCAACUUUUUUAUUACGAUGCUUGUUUUUUCACACAUGAACAAACCAGACAGAAAAUGAAUGAGGGAAUUGAGAAGGAAACGUUCUGCUCAGACCUUUAAAAAAAAAAAACACUGAGGAGACUUUCGAGAUCGCUGUUCGGCAUUUUUUUGUUUUUUAAUGAAAAGUGCCCGUGGUAGUGCUGUUGUUGUAUCUUUUACUUUGGCGAACAUGUUGCAGAUCAGCGAGAACUAAAAAGGUCCCUAUCCACAUGAUAGCUCCGUGACCUUAAUAUUGACCAGACCUACAAACUUUGAUGUUAAACAAAUCACUCACUGGUUUAUUUCGCCCGACAUGUGUUUUCUUCAGCACGCCACCUGUCAGCGCAGUUCUCUAUCUAAAACAACUGCCUGUAUAUAAUACUAUAUUUCUAUUAGACCAAUCUGCUCAGCAUUUACUUGAUCUGACCUGACUUUGGCCUCUAUGACCCUUGUUUCUAUGCUUGUUUGUUUAUUGUGGAGGAGCAAACAAAUCGCAGAUCGCAGUUUAAUGGUCAUUACAUAUCUGAAACUAUAUGUCACAAUGAAAGAAGAAAAUCAAACGUUGUGUCUGUUAGGGCAGACUUUUUCCUGUGCAAUUAAAGGUGUAUUAGAUUGUAAAAAAAAAAAAGGAAGAAAAAAAAACGCCAGAAAACUAGAACAAAAAUAAGCAUUUCUCUUUCAGUAUUUUUACGAUAAUCAUAUGCAAAUAAAUUAUUAAACGGUC